GCUGCAUGGAAAUUGUCAGUCCAGCACAUCAGAAUAAGCAGGCAAGCACGACGAACGGGGAACCAACUCUCAUCCUGCAGGGAAGGAAGCAAUCAUUCUUGAUUACUUCACCAAUUCUGAACGUAACAAGCGUGGAGUUCCUGUUCUAGAUUUUUAAAAUCUUCGGCCUCUGGAUUCAACUUCUCAAAAAUGCUAUUCAAAGUGUGGCACGCAGUGGCCGGCGGUGGCAGGUUCCUGUCGACCAGCGCGCAGCGGCACGGCGCAAAGAGUGUUCCCACCCGGCAGAUCAACAAGCUGCUAAUUGCCAAUCGUGGGGAGAUCGCGUGCCGAGUUAUGAGGACGGCCAAUCGACUGGGCAUCCAAACGGUGGCCGUUUUCUCCGACGCGGACGAGCGAUCGCUGCAUGCCAAGAUGGCCAACGAAGCGUACAACAUCGGACCGGCUGCUUCGCAACAGUCGUAUCUGCGAGGAGAGAAGAUCUUGGAGGUCGCUAAGAGGGCAGGGUGUCAGGCCAUUCAUCCGGGAUACGGAUUCUUGUCGGAGAACGUGGAGUUUGCGGACCUGUGCCAAAAGGAAGGAGUGGUGUUUAUCGGUCCGCCGGCGAGUGCUAUCCGGGAUAUGGGAAUCAAGAGCACUUCGAAGCAUAUCAUGAGUGAGGCUGGAGUUCCGAUCAUCAACGGGUAUCACGGGGAGGAUCAGUCGGAUGAGCGGCUGAUGCAGGAAGCGAAGAAGAUUGGAUUCCCGCUGAUGAUCAAGGCGGUUCGCGGUGGCGGUGGAAAGGGCAUGCGAAUUGCCGAGACGGAAGCGGAUUUCUUCCCGGCACUGCAGUCGGCCAGGACCGAAUCCGAGAAGGCUUUUGGGGAUAGCUCGAUGCUGCUGGAGAGGUACGUGCGAUCGCCAAGGCAUGUGGAAGUGCAGGUAUUUGCCGAUCAUCAUGGCAAUGCGGUUUACCUUUAUGAGCGAGAUUGCUCGGUUCAGAGACGCCAUCAGAAGAUCAUCGAGGAAGCCCCUGCUCCGGGAUUGUCGGAAGAGCUGCGCGUUCAGCUGGGCGAGGCUGCGGUCCGAGCGGCUAAGGCCGUGAAUUACGUCGGAGCCGGAACGGUGGAAUUCAUCUUGGACAAAGAGGAUUUAUCGUUCCAUUUCAUGGAGAUGAACACCCGUCUUCAGGUGGAGCAUCCAAUUACGGAAAUGAUUACCGGAACGGAUCUCGUUGAAUGGCAGAUCAAAGUUGCCUCCGGAGAGCCCCUUCCGAUGACGCAAGAGCAGAUCCGUAAGACCGGUCACGCAUUCGAAGCCAGAAUCUACGCCGAAGAUCCAGCGGGAGGAUUCCUGCCCGGUGCUGGUCCGCUGAAUUAUCUCUCGACGCCAGAGCCUUCGAGCACUACCAGAGUGGAAACCGGAGUCCGCCAAGGAGAUGAAGUGUCCAUCCAUUACGAUCCGAUGAUUGCCAAGCUGGUAGUGUGGGGUGAGAACCGCCCGAGUGCUCUCCAGUUGUUGAUCGAACAGUUGAGAAACUAUCAAAUUGCUGGACUUCAAACAAACAUUAACUUCCUCAUCGAUUUGGCUAGCCAUGGCCACUUCCAAGCGGCGGAUGUCCACACCGGUUUCAUCGAUCAGCAUAUGGCAACCUUGUUCCCGGUGAAAACCGUUUCCAACGAAAAAAUCGCUCAGUUGGCACUGGCUUACGUUCUGAACGAAAAUGCCAGCACCAGGAAGUCAUUGAAUCGGUUGAACCCGUUCGAUCUAGAGCUUAACUUCCGACCCAACUAUACUCCGACCCGGAAGUUCCAGCUGAAGGUAGGUGAGAAGGAGCACCAGGUGGAGGUGAAAUCCAAAGGAGUAGACUUUGAAGUUCGUGUCGAUGGAGGCGCCUGGUUGAACGUGAAGGCCACUAGGAAACCACACGAAAAUCGGUUCCUGCUGCAGACCAACAUCAACGGACACGUGUCGUGCUUCAACACGGUGAUUGAGAGUGGUUCCAUCGCUCUGUAUGAUGAUACUGGCCUCACUUCCGCCGAAGUGGUCCAACCCAAGUUUGUGACUGCCGAUAGUGCCAUGGAGGGAGCCAAUGCCGGUUCCGUUAUCGCUCCCAUGCCGGGAGUGUUGGACAAGGUGUUCGUUAAGCCGGGAGAUUCCGUUAAAGCCGGUACGCCCCUGGCCGUGUUGAUUGCCAUGAAGAUGGAACACGUCCUGAAGGCAGCGAUGGACGGAGUGGUCAAGGCCGUGCCCAAUGCUGAGGGUUCCAACGUGCAGAAGGGGGCCGUUUUGAUAGCAUUCGAAUCGAACUAGGAGAUGGGGACAGGCAACUCCAGAAUUAUGAACCAGUCGUGCAUUUACAAUCAACAGUAACAGUGACAAAUCGUGCAUUUAUUAGAACUAUUUUGUUAAUUUCUAUUGUAGGAUAAAAAGCGGGUAAAGCAAGAAACAGCAGCAUGGAUCAAACGCAAAGCGUUUUUAGAUCCUAUUAUCGACAAUAAAAGUCUUCCAAUAUUUCAAAUUCAA